CUUUUGUUUAUGGUUAAUAGCCUGAGGUGCUUAUGAGCCAUGAGAUCCAAGAUAAAAAUGGUAGUUACCGAGGACAAUCGUGAUAGCGCGGAAUUAAAUGUCAGAGAAAAUAUGGAUAACGUUCAGCCCAAUGGUGAAUUGGUUCCGAGAACUGAACAGAAUAACGACGAGAGAAAUACAAAUGCCGAGCAUGAAGACCAAAGGAGAAAAGCUCAGCAACCAUCGCGCUUAGAAUCAUUCUUUGCCAUGACUAAGUCGCUAAUUAUACGAGCUCUUAUGAUUUAUUUUAUUUGUAGCUUCUUUAGACGUCCCGAAACCAAGUCUCCCAAUAUUAGCGAUACACGCAUACAAGCUGUAAAUAUAUUUCCCAAUGGAACGUUAUUUGAUCUUAGCAUUUAUCUGUCGGAAUCAGAGACCUUUGAUCAGUUUGACAAUCAAUCUUUGAUUUGGUUCGAAAAAGGAUUGGUGUAUGGAGAUUGGUACAGUGGGCCGAAUCAAGAUGGAUCAAGAGUUCUCGAAUAUUCUUUUGUUCCUUCAGAACAAUUAAAACAAAAUGGCUCUAUAUACCUUCAUGUAUAUAUAACAAAAAGUGGAAAAUCACCAAAUCCUAAAGCUGGCAAGGGAGUUUAUGCUGGCGAUUAUAUGUCUUAUUCAGGAAAAAUGCUAAAUAAAUUUAAAAAAAUUAAAUAUCAGAAACGACAUAAUUUACUGACUGGUGAAAGUACAGCCAGCAAGGAGGAAAUAGCAAAAGCUGAGAUAAUGAAUCAAGAAUAUGUGUCACAUUGGCAUCCAAAUUUGACUGUUAAUUUAGUAAUUGAUCAAGCUAAUUGGAUGUAUGGUGCAGUGCCACAACCAUUGGAUGAAUAUAUACACUUUUUACCAGGAGAAAAUAAGUAUAAACCAGUAAUAUAUAUGAAUGAUUUUUGGAACAUGCAACGGGAUUAUCAACCUUUGAAUGACACUGUGGAGCAAUUGAACCUCAAAUUAACAUACCAACCAAUUUCGUUAUUUAAAUGGCAAUUAUAUGCAGCUCAAUCUGUUAGAAAUAAAUGGACGUCUUUCAUGGGAGAAGCAACUGAUGAAGAUGAUAACGAUCAAGAUACUUUAAAGGAAACUUUACUUGAAACGAGUCCAUAUCUUCUAGGAUUGACUAUAAUUGUGUCGAUUUUACAUAGCGUGUUUGAAAUUUUAGCAUUUAAAAACGAUAUUCAAUUCUGGAACAACAGGAAAUCACUGGAAGGUCUGUCCGUUCGUUCUGUGUUUUUCAAUGUAUUCCAAUCUCUCGUUGUUCUCCUUUAUGUUCUCGAUAACGAAACAAAUCCAGUAGUGCGCAUCAGUUGCGCGAUAGGUUUGUGCAUCGAGGUGUGGAAGAUCAACAAAGUUAUAGAUAUUAAUAUUAAUCGAGAAGUCAAAGUACUCGGGAUUUUUCCAAAAAUAUCAUUCCAAGAUAAAGGCUCGUAUGUGGAGUCUUCUACGAAAGAAUACGACAGACUCGCCUUUAAGUAUCUCUCAUGGGCUCUGUACCCUCUUUUAGGAGGAUAUGCGGUUUAUUCUUUAAUGUACUUGGAACAUAAGGGAUGGUAUUCUUGGAUUCUUAACAUGCUUUACGGAUUUUUGUUAACAUUUGGAUUUAUCAUGAUGACACCGCAGUUAUUUAUCAAUUACAAACUUAAGAGCGUUGCUCAUCUUCCAUGGCGUAUGCUGUCCUAUAAAUUCCUCAACACGUUUAUUGACGAUAUUUUUGCAUUUGUGAUAAAGAUGCCGACCUUGUACAGGAUUGGCUGCUUCCGUGACGAUAUUGUUUUCUUUAUAUUUUUGUACCAAAGAUGGAUAUAUAAGACCGAUCACACCAGAGUGAACGAGUUCGGUUUCUCUGGUGAAAUGGAGGCGCAACUAGCGGAAAAUAAACAACACCCAGCCAUUAAAGAUCGUCCAAAGGACGAAUUAGUAAAGAAGAAUGAAUAAUACUUGAUGUAGGGGUUUAGCAUCAAGUAUUUUAUCCUACAUUGUCCUGAAUCAAUAAUUGUGCAAUACCAAAGGAAUAUAAGUUACACACACAUAUUCACGUUUAUUUAUACAAAUUGCCGUAUACUAUUAUGUGUGUACAUGUAUAUUUUACCGCAAUAUUUUCGAAAUUGCGUGCUGUGUGUGAGCAUAUUUCGAUACAUUGCUAAAUAAAAUAACAAAAGUUUCGUUUUCAGAACAAAUUUAGACUUUUUUUUUUUAUCUACAUCACGAAACGAUCGAACAAAAUUAUGACUAUUUGCAAAAAGAAGAAUGAUCGAAUCGAAAGUUCUUAGUAGUAAGAGACUGCUACAAGCUGAACUUCACGAAAUAGUAGCGCCUUCAUUUAGAACAAUAUUCGUCAUAUUCGGGGAAGUGAAGGCUGUGCCCCCCCCCGAACACAGCCCGGUCACUAGACCCACUCCACGUCGCGUCGCGAUUUGACGGUCCCCCACUCUUUGCGUCUAGCGUUCAAUGUUUGUGUUUGACGCUAGCUAGAUCCGAUAUCGCUGCGAACGUGUCGCCCUGUGCGCUGUUGAAACAUGUAUUAUUGGUCAUUAUUAUCAAAUAUACUAAAUAUAUACACAAUAACAAAUAAACAUAAAUUUAGUAUAUAUUUGAUAAUGACUAAUUAUUCAAACCAGCACAUAUAUUCUUUUAAGGCUCCUGGGUACUUCUAGAGUUAUAUUCGAAUUCUGAUGUCAGAAGCGAGAUAUAUGAAUUUUUGUCUUGUAUUGUUUUGUAUAAGAAACAGAUUGUAAUAUGCAUGAUAUGUGCUCAAUAGCAAUUAGACAUCACUGUGUAAAUAUUUUAAUUACAAGAUCUUUACAACGCCACAAUAUAAAAAAAAGAAAAAAUAGAGAAGCACAUAAAUC